CAGACAGACCCGGCCGACCGAGAAAUCAACGUGACAUCGUCAGGUUUCAGCAUCAUCGAGAUUCCGUAUUCCAGGGUUCACUUCCAGAUUCUGGGAAGGUAGGUCAGAAAAAAGUGUUCUGCAUCUGGUACCUGAAAGAUCUAGAUCAUUGACACGGCCCAUGUGUCCGAGUUCAUGGCUCAUCGGCUUUUUCGUAAGUUAUCGAACCAUAUAACGAAAGCCUGGUCGUUUAUAUAUCAAAUUACUGUCGGAAAACUGCCUUCAACGUUGCCCAGAAAAACACCGGGUAAUGAGGUCUCAUGCUGUAGAGGAUAUCAACACUCUUUUUUCAAGCAUAGCAAAGAGACCACAAACUAUUUAGAGGGUACACAAACCGGCACCGCUCCCUUACAUCUUGACCGAGAUGUAGGUAGCACCACAAAGCGCCCCUCGAGGGCCGUAUUCCGAAAAGCAAGGGUUCUUGCUCACCGGCUCAUGUGGGACAGCGGACCGCCACAAGGUCGUGGAAGGGCCAGACCUCAAAAAGCGUUCGGGAACAAGCCAUGUCUUGUCUUGGCCCAAGUAUCCAGUAGGGUUGCAGAGACAAGAGCCAUCUCUUUGUUGGUGGUUAUCUCAUCACGCAAGGAACCAAAUCUUAUCGGCUUUCUGAAUCCGGCCCUUCCCUAUCACCCCCUCAUGAAGAAGUUCGGAGAUAGGAUUGGAUUAACUGCCCACCUCAGCCAAGCUCUGGGAUUGGACGGGAACGGGACAAUAGCCGACAGGGCAGGGCAGCGAGGAGUGUGGGCCGGCGGGCAACGGGCGAUGACAAGCAACGUCAGGAAACGCUUCAACUCUGUGCCACGUGAAUAAAGUCGAUGAUGCCUUAUCACGCAUUUUGUUCGACCUUCAACAUCUUUAAGGGUAUGGUUGAGCAAUUGUCCUCUCCAAUGCCGUUGCCAUCUCGAGAAUGAAUGACGAGCUUCUAGGCGGAUAGCUUCAUUUCCUCCUCUUAGAUGACGGAGACACUUGCAUCCAAGACAGUGAACCCGCCCGUU